AUGAUGCAUCAAGUGACCUGUAGCAGCAGCAGCAGCAGUAGUGACUUCUGUAUGAGUGGACCUGCAGACGACUGUCAUCCGACAAGCCGUUUUGAUCUAUGCAACCUCCAAUCUAACAAGUUCUACCCCUGCUCCCCAGCAAACUCUGGCUUGCACCUUUCAUUUGCAGGCCUGGCUCCAUUGCCACAGAACAUGCACAAGGUGAUGGCAGGUCAGACACAGGAGACCCAAAACGCCUUUCAACUUCAGCCGUUGACUGUCGAUAGCGUUGAGGUUGUAGGGCCUGAAGGUACCAAGAAAGGUUCAAGCAAAGUGAAGUCUGGAAGGAGAGGCAGACCACUGGGGACCACCAAAUUGGCUGGUUAUCGCACAAGUACUGGACGUCCACCUGGGACAACAAGAGCUGCCGGUUUUAAAACCAGCCCGGGCAGGCCUCUCGGGACCACCAAAGCAGCCGGCUACAAAGUGAGCCCCGGCAGGCCCCCCGGUAGCGUCAAGAGUCUGGCGAGGCUCAAAGAACAGGAAAGUGUGGGUGAUGUGCCCAAGAAACUCGAUUUCAGUGCAACCAAACUGGACUUCACUGGCUGUGAUAUUCCGCUGCUUGCCUAUGCCAUGGUGGAGAAAAGAGACUUGUGCGAGUCUCUCGUUAAAGCAGAUGAAACCAGUUCAUAA